GUUUUCUAAGAGUUUGGGUGAGUGUAUAUAUACUCUACAGUUUGAGAGGCACACUAGGUAGGCAUUUGAUAAGGCGGAUCAACAAUGGCUCCGUGGGAUAAAAUGGGGCUGCUGGCAACUCUUCUCAUCUUUGGUGUCUCUCUCUCCUUAGCUUCUGCAGAGAGGCCUAUGAGAAGAUCCUUGGUGUUCCCAAUGGAAACUGACAACAGCUACGUGGAGCUGGUCCCUCAGAAAGAUCUUGACAUGGGAGCCUUCACCCUGUGCAUGCGGGUGGCCACAGAACUGGCAAAGGGCAACCGUGAGAUCAUCUUGUUCGCCUACCGUACACUGUACUACGACGAGCUCAACGUGUGGAGAGAAGCUGACGGAAGGUACGGUCUGUAUUUGAGUGGGGACGGGGUCUUCUUCCACCUACCUGAGUUCAACACCUUCCAGACCCACCUUUGUCUCACCUGGGACUCGAAGUCAGGUAUGGCGGCGUUCCAUGUAGAUGGGAAGAGGAGCAUUAGGAAGGUGUAUAAACCAGGACACAAAGUGCAGAAUGGAGGGAAGGUCAUCCUGGGACAGGAUCCAGACUCUUUCCUGAAGGACUUUGACAGCAAGCAGAGUUUCAUCGGAGAGAUCACAGACGUCAACAUGUGGGACUACGUGCUCUCCGAUGCCAUGAUAGAGACUUUGCAUGUUGGGAAACGUAUGUCCAGAGGGAACAUUUUUGACUGGGAAACCAUAGAGCUCAUAGUCAAUGGGAACGUCAAGGUGAUCACUGAAGAGUUGUAAGGUGUCCCCAAGGCACCAACAACAUGCUCUCCAUCUAGGGGUGCUGCACUGUGGCCUGAGGGGGGGGUGCUAACAUUUUAACACUGAUGUAAUCGCAUAGAUAAACAGCAGUGGGCAAUCCAUUCAACAUUUUGACUGAUGACAACAUGGGGGUGCAGAAUUUAAAGGCAAGUCGAGACUAACUGAUUCACAAAUCACCUUGCAUCAUAAAUAACUACUCAAUAUUAUUUGCAGAUCAGUCAGUCAGACACUAUUUACCUAUGAAUAGGGUGGCAGGUAACCUACCAGUUAGAGCGGCGAGGUUGCCAGUUCGAGUCCUUGGUCAAUAAGAAAACUCUGGCACGAAGUGAGCUGGCAACCAGAGGGUUGCUGGUAUCAGAUCCUAGAUGCCAUUGCCUGCCCUUGAGCAAUGCACAUAACCCCCCACAACAACAGCUCCGCAGGUGCCCAGUGUGGCAGCUCCCUGCACCUCUCCAAAACAUGUAUGUGUCUUUCAGAGGGGUUGGGUUAAACCUGAAGUAACAUGUUGGUUGGACUUUGUGUGUAAUUGACCAAUAAAGUGAUCCUAAACUUAAA